GCUGGGUAGGCUCCAGAGUAGUAGGCAGUGUGCUCUCGGCACGCUCCGGUCCUGCUGCCUUUGCUUUUACCACCGGAGUAGCCCGAGACCCCGGCUGUGCAGCCCGGCAGACAUCCCCGUAGGCUGUACGGUGUAGUGCCGUACGGUGCGAGGUCAGGCUGCAAAGCCCCUCUGUUCCACUUCAGGGCUUCGUGGUACACCGGCACACUCCAUUCUGUUAAGUCUUUCGCCCCCAAUCACUCGUGUGCAAGGGACAGCUCUAGGAUGUCAGAUGCAUGCCCUUACCCCAAGCUGCACGGGCUCCGGAAACCCAAGGACCCACCCUGACGAGUCUGCAUGUUUGGAGCGCGGUUACCAGAAAGAGCUAUGAGCGUGCUUGUUGUCGGUCCGGUCGCCCGAGGAGACACCAUUCCACGUUGGAAAUUUUGUCUUCCAAACCAGGGCUGGAGUCAUAAAAAAGAAGCUUGCUGACAGCAUCCCGCUGGGGGGGCGGAGCGUCCGGGAGAACGGUCACGUGGAGGAAGCGGAAGCCCUAGCCAUCUCAUCUUCGCCGAACCUAUCGUCGCACUGUGUCUGUGUUUUGGACUGGAGCACUAUCUUACCCCUACUUUUGUCACGCCUGGUCCAGGGUGAUGGCUCUGCCUGGGGAUCCACGGCGCCUCUGCAGGCUGGUGCAAGAGGGCCAACUGCGCGCCCUGCAGGAAGAGCUGGAGGCGGCCGGAGGCUGCCAGGGGCCAGCUGGGGACACCCUUCUUCACUGUGCGGCCCGCCACGGGCGCCAGAACAUUCUGGCUUAUCUAGUGGAGGCUUGGAGUAUGGACAUCGAGGCUGCCAACCGAGACUACAAGCGGCCUCUACACGAAGCUGCCUCUAUGGGCCACCGGAACUGCGUGCUCUACCUCCUGGACCGAGGGGCAGCUGUGGACUCGUUGAAGAAGGCGGACUGGACUCCUCUGAUGAUGGCUUGUACAAGGAAGAACCUUGAAGUGAUCCAGGACCUUGUGGAACACGGUGCCAACCCACUCCUGAAGAACAAGGAUGGUUGGAACAGUUUCCACAUUGCCAGUCGAGAAGGCGACCCUGUGAUCCUCCGGUACUUGCUCACGGUCUGCCCGGAUGCUUGGAAAACAGAGAGCAAGAUUAGAAGAACUCCUUUACAUACUGCAGCAAUGCAUGGCUGUUUCGAAGCAGUACAGGAGCUUCUUGAUAGGUGUGACUAUGCGCCAGACUGUAGAGACAACUGUGGCGUCACACCCUUCAUGGAUGCAAUUCAAUGUGGCCAUGUUCACAUAGCCAUGCUGCUCCUUGAAAAACACAAGGCUUGCCCUUCAGCUGAAGAUAGCCUGGGGGCCCAGGCUUUACACCGAGCAGCAGUCACUGGGCAGGAUGAAGCCGUUCGGUUCCUGGUGUCUGGUCUUGGCAUUGAUGUAGAUGUGAGAGCAAAGUCCACCCAGCUCACAGCACUUCUUUAUGCAGCCAAGGAGGGACAGACAAGCACCGUUCAAACACUGUUAUCCCUGGGUGCCAACAUCAACUCUAAAGAUGAAAGAAAUCGCUCAGCCCUGCAUCUGGCCUGUGCAGGUCAGCACGUGGCUUGCACCAAGUUCCUGCUGCAGUUGGGACUGGAGGAUUCUGCAGACCUAACAGGCACCCUGGCCCAGCAGCUCACAGAGAGUAGAGAUAUACUUCAGGACUUUGACCACACUGUGAAGUCAUAAGGAUGUUUGAAGAAGGAGGCUAAAAAGUUCAUGGGAACUGACAUCCUGCGUUUUCAGUUAGACCAGUGAGUGAGUUAUUUCUCAGCCAGUGUUUUCUUCUCCUUCUGCCCUCCCAUCAUUUUCCUCUGCUGGAAGACUUGCCACAUGACCAAGACUCUGGAUUCCUGGCAUGUUGUAUGAUCUUGAAGACAGCCAUUUAUUUUUUCUUUUUUAAACCAUACUGGGGGUUGAAAUCAGAGCCUUGCAAAUGCUGACUAAGCCAGUGCUGUGCCUCUGAGCUCGAGGGUCAGCCCAUAUUUUGGUUUUUCUACCCUUCAAGUAGAAUGAGAUUAAAUAUUGAGUCCUGGGAAUCCCUGGGAAGUAGAUAAUGUGGAUGAAUGUAAUAUAUAUGUAUGAAAAUGUAAUAAAACUUGAAAUAUGAAUUGCUGUUUACUCAAGCUGUAAAACAUAAUUGGCCUAUUUAAUUUUUUUCCUUCACA